CCAUAUUGUUAAAAAUGCCAGUAUCUAUUAUCGAUGCGUUUGAAUUAAAUGUAACAUCGAUUGCAUCGCGCCUCGCGAUCACGUGAUUUGAUCUUCCGCGUCCCAUGAGGUCGGGACGCGAGGAUGCUCCGGAGGUGGUUGAUGCUGAAUUUCAUCUACGUGUUGACCUCGAAAUGAGGCGCGGUGCGUAUUACGCGCUGAGAAAUGCCUUCAGGCUGGACUCUGGAGGGGUGCGGCGUAUCACGACACGUCGUUUAAUUUCUGUGUGAACGGCGAUGUUGCUUAAGAGAAAAAGUAAACAAUUACGGAUGUCAAGCGUCCUACUCCCGUCACGCUGAGAGGCCCAUGGGAACAAAAUAACGGAAGCGAAGCUUCUUCACGCGGUUUCUCUUGCAUCGUCCAGCAAUGGCGCAAUUCAAGAAGGAAACCAAGAACUUGGAAGUUAUUGUAAAAAGUCUCAUAGCCGGUGGUGUUGCUGGAGUGUGCGCCAAAACGGCCGUGGCCCCGUUAGAUAGAAUGAAGAUCUUGUUGCAAGCACAGCACGAGCAUUACAAACAUCUCAAUGUCUUCUCCGGACUGAUGGAGAUUGUGUGGCGUGAAGGUUUCUGUGCCUUGUACAAGGGCAAUUUCGUCCAGAUUAUCAGGGCUGUACCCUACGCAGCGAUACAGUUCACAGCGUUUGAACAGUACAAGAAGCAUUUAGGAUUGCUCAGGGAAGGCUCGCACAUAGACGGAUUCUUAGCCGGGGCCGCUGCCGGUGCGACGGCAGCCACGAUCACGUAUCCGCUCGACACGAUCAGGGCGAGAUUAGCCUUCCAAGUCACCAGUAAUACGCUUUACGCUGGAAUUAUACACGCCACCGUUAAGAUGUUCAAGGAGGAAGGAGGUUUUCGGGCGUUCUACAAAGGAUUCUGGCCGAACAUGCUCGGCAUGAUACCGUCCGCGGGAUUUACCUUCUACACGUUCGAGAAGCUCAAGUACCUGUGCAUGAAAUACGCGCCGCACUAUCUGUGUUCGAAGCAUAAAACGAAUACUGGCGGUGGUUUCAUGUUGACCAUACCGGCGAAACUCCUCUGCGGCGGUGCUGCCGGCGCGGUGGCGCACAUUUUUUCCUACCCCUUAGACGUCACGAAGAGACGCAUGCAAUUGGCUAUGAUGAAUCCAGCCACACACAAGUACGCAAUGGGCAUGUGGUUCACUAUUAAGAUGAUAUACGUCGAGGACGGCAUUACGAAGGGCUUGUACCGCGGAAUGAGCAUAAAUUUCCUGCGGGCUGUUCCGUUUAUGGCGGUCGGCUUCGCGACGUUCGAGCUGAUGAAGCAGACGCUAGAUUUAGACACAGGGAUGAAAGUGUAAUUAGAUAAGAUAGAGACCAACUAUUUUUGAUACAUGACGUAUUCUACGCGUUCUCGUAAAAGGGCACAACGAAAAUAGUACAUGCCAAGGUAAUGCUCGAGAUGUUUUGUAUUACCUUGAUGUCCAUGUGUACUACAAAAUGACAAAAUAUUAGUACAAAUAUCUGAAGUAUUUUGAGUAUUUUUAGGUUUCUGAUACGCGAAAAGAUACUAAGAAAGAUAAAUAUAUAACAAUAAUAAUUAUACAUAUGUACUUAAAGAUCUUACGUGAGUGUUUUACAUAUUACUUCCGGUUAUUGAUAUUUAAUUGAUUACUUAUAUCAUGAAUUGUGAUGCUUUAGAUAAGGCAUUUUCCAUUUAUUAUUCAUAUGUACAACUUUAUAGAUAUUUAUAAAUGUAUUAAUUAUUAAGUUUUUUGAUAAUUAUUAUUUGUUAAUAAUUUGUUAAUAAUUAUUACUUGACCAAACUACAUGAUAGAUAAUAAUGAUGGAUCAGUAUUUAAAACAUACCCGUUUAAGUUUUAUCUGUAAUUGUAUUCAGGACAGCUUGCUCAUAAUGCAAGUGGUGAUAAGAGUGACUCAAUGAAAAUACAUGCGUUGAUAAACUGGAAAAAAGCUAACAAAAUUUAAUAAAUUGUUAUUUAAAUAUUAAUAUAUUAUACAUGUAGACUGAUAAGAGGCACUGUAUACUUAAUGAAAAACAAAGAUUUAAAAUAAACAGAAAAAUAUUUUUAUAGAUAUUA